UCAAUAGCAGGAAAGGUCCGACUAUCGGAUGCCAACGCAUCUCGCUAUAUAAAGAGAGGCUCUGUCAGCACCGAGACAUCUCAGCGGGACGGAGGAUCCAGCCUCAACAUGUCAGCCUCAUCCGGCCUCAUCCACGUCUUCAACGGCAUCCCCUUCACGGCCCGCUCGGCCCCGGAGCUCCUGAGAUCCCUCAACACCUUCCAGGCCAGAGACGACGACCUCCUUCUGGUUUCCUACCCCAAAUCCGGCACCCAUUGGCUGGCGGAAAUCAUGAAGCAUCUGUAUCCGUCUAAAGUGUCCCUGACGGCCCCCAUCGAGUUCGGGGAUCUGUCAAAACUGGAAGAACUGAGUAACAUCAACUCCAAGCGCAUCAUCCCCACUCACCUGAGCUACGACAUGCUGCCCACCGACUUCAAGGUCAAGAAAUGCAAGGCUAUUUAUAUCAUUAGGAACCCAAAGGACACGGCGGUCUCCUUGUUCCACUAUUACAGAGAAAACCCCCACCUGCCCACCAUCGACGCGUGGCCGGCGUACCUGGAGAUGUUUCUGCGCGGAGAAGUCGUCUGCGGGUCCUGGUUCGAUCACAUCUUGGGUUGGGAGGAACACAGGAACGAAACGCCAACGCUGUUCCUGUAUUACGAGGCCAUGAAAAAGGAUCUCCCUAAAGCUAUCAGGAAAAUCAGUUCCUUCCUCGGCAUCAACAUCAACGACAACGAAAUCGGCGAGAUCUGCAAGAAGACGUCUUUCAGCGAGAUGAGGAGCAACGUGGAGCGAGAGCGCAGCGACCCAAACCACACGGUGUGCAGCCUGACCUCCAACAAGAGGCUGAUCUUCCGGAAAGGGACCGUUGGCGAUUGGAAGAAUUAUUUCUCCAACAGGCAGAAUCGCCUCUUUGACGAGAUGUACCAAACAAAGAUGGAUUCCAGCACGCUGGCGAAGUGCAUCCAUUACGAGAACUGAACGCAGAAGCGCCAUCUGUUAAUAUGUUACACGGCAACCGAAACCCGGCGGGACGUCCUCCCGCA